UAUGAAAAAGGUGGUCUCAUCUGGACUUACCAGUUACACCAACAAGACUCAACAACAGCACCUCGUAUCACUUCUACUGAAUAACUGGUUUGGGUUUUUUUCUCGUCCUUCUCCCUUCUACUCCUUGCCUUAAACAACAUUUCCUUCCUGAAACCAUCGAAUAGAUUUGGCUUAAUCUCAACAAAACAAGCUAUUCUGUCUCAGUUAUUUGAAUUCCCAAUGGUCAAAGCGUACGUAAUAGGAAGAUGUAAAUGAUAAGACAAUCUGAAUGCAUCACAUUAAAUCCUCUAUAAGCUUAGUGUGCAUGAGUUUGGCAGCGAGGGUGUCUGUCCAGCCAGGCCUCCCACAGCCCGGAGGGACCUGCAAGAGGCCGACUGUCAGCCAGUGUCUGCAUCUGCAUGAGAACAAACACUGUGCUGUUUUAAAUCGAGCGGUUGUCCCCAUGACAUCACUGCACAACUGUCCCUCUAGUCAAUGCAAACCACCCACAGCCAAACAAGCAGCCAAUGGAUCUCCUGUCUUUCACUUUCAGACAAUACAGUAUGUUUUUAGUUUAUAGUCAAUGGCAUGAAAUACAAAAGCAAAGUGUUGGUGCAGAACAAACAGAGACCAGCUGCGGUGUUCGCCGAUGCGUCUAACAACAGCCUCGUGAAACUGAACAGCGGACCGGUGCAAUAACAUAGAGGCUGCCUAAGUCGGCAAAGUCUCUGGAAACUCACAAAACCUGCAAAAUGCUGGCCGUACUCGCGCAACCGGGUGUGGACAACACUGGAAUGUAUCUUGUGCUUGUGCUUAUAAAGUUCGGACUAGACGCAGCAGUAAUUUAUUUAUGCACCAGAAAGCUGUAUACCUCUUUUUUAAGCAUGUGCAGCCUGUCCAUCUUCUUGGCUGACUUUGUCAUGGUGUUCUUAGUAGCAAGCAUGUUGUUUCUUGGGCCUGAAACUUGUCACAAGUCACUCUGUUUAAUCUUCGCCAAUGCGUCUGUCACAUAUGGAGCGCUGCCGCUGCCCAUGAUGUGCCUGGGUUUAUUGGACUACGUUUUAGAAGGUACCUACCUCAGAAGGCAGAGCGCCAAGUGCAAAUUCAUAAGGAACUCGGUUUGGUUAUUGCUGAUGUGGAUGAUUGCUAUUUACCUCUCCUUUGGUUCUGUUGAUUCUGAUCUAAAGGGAAAGAGUUUUGAGAUAGAGAAUGAGGCUCUAGUGUGUGAAGUAGAGGAGUCUGCGCUGAUAACAUACUCUAUUUUAGUGCUUUUCUCAGCUGUCACUCUUACAUUGCUGCCCUUUUGGUCAAAAAUCCCCCAGUGGGUGAAACAGGCACAUAGGUUAUCUGAAGCGAGGGACGAACCAGACAACCAGAGCAGCGACUUGUUGUUCACCUCAACCACCUACGCGGAGAGAAAAAGCAGCGGGGAAUAUUAUCUAGAGGAACCUAUCCAACCGGGCCCAUCUCUGUGGCUCACCUUCACACUGGGCUUUGCUUUAUGUUGGAUGCCUUAUCUCAUCGGUUCCGUGGCGUGUCUGAUCUUGGACUUUGGAGUACCUGCUUACAUCACUGUAAACCUUUUGUGGUUGGAGUGUAUGAACAGUUUACUGGUGGGUCUGGUGUUCUGGAUAAAUAGCAAGACGCAAGGACCAUACAGCAAUCUCCCAGAAAAUAUUUGCUUGUGGCAAGUUUAUUGGCAGCUAAGCAAAGGAACACAACAGCAGGAACUCCAAGUAGCUGUGUGUAACCCAAUACAAUUAAAGAGAACUGGGCCACCAGAGAGCUAAGUGGUUAGAGCUGGCACAUAUGCAUAAACUGCUGCCUAGAAAGGUGGUCCGAAUUCUAAGCAAGCCAAACAUUCAGGCAAUGUCGACUCGAUUAAUGUCUAAUAAAGGCCCUCUCAGGCCAAACUGUAACUGCAAAAGCUUGAAAUGGACAUGUGACUGGACUUAUAAAUAUGUAGGACUUACAAAUAUGUAUGUUUUCUGAAGAGUUGGGAUACAAUUUUUUAUGAAAACUGUGAUGAUAAUUAUGAUAAACUUUUGUAAAUAUACUGGGAUUUCAAAGAUUAUAUUUGAUGGAAAUGCUAUGUUGACUUAUUUACCGGUAUAUUCACUAAUUUUUCCCUUUGGUCCAUAAUGGGUAUAAAUGCUUCUCAAUAAAUAUCCUAAAACUC